UACAUCCCUAACUACUAGUGUGUCAAAUUUUGUUGUGGUUUUUUGAAUUGUUGUUUACUAUGAUAGAUAACACUAAUAUGAUAAUCUAAUAAUUUCUUUUUUUAUAGAAAUAAUGGAUUUAAAAAUAUGUAGAAUAUGUUGCGAGAAUAAGGGAAAUUCAUAUAUAUAUGACAAAAUUAAUGAUGAACUUGUUUUAAGUGCCAAAAUAAUGUAUUGCUGUGCUAACAUCAGCAUCUAUGAAGGCGAUGGACUUCCAGCGUACAUCUGCAACAAUUGUGAAUUAGAACUGUCCACAGCUUAUCAUUUUAUUAAAAAAUGUGAAACCACGGAUAAAGCAUUACGUUCUCAAGAUUUUAGUCAAUGUUCUCUAAAUAUAAACAAACAUGAUAAUGAAGACACUGUUCAGGUAAAAAUUGAAGAAAAUAUUGGUAGCGACCAAGAUCUGGUUUAUGGUGAUAUUGAUGGUAACUUUGAUAUCACUUGUGAAGUUCUCAGUCAAGAAAGAGAAAUAAAAAAUGAAUCAAAAUGUAAAGAAAGAAUAAAAAGAAAAGUGUACAAAAAGAGGACAAAAUUCAAGUCACCUGCUUCCAAAAAAUGCACUGUUUGCAAUCGUAAGUGCCCUAAUCCAUCCACAUUGAUGAUACAUAUGAGAUCACAUUCUGAUGAAAAACCUUAUCCUUGUUCAUCAUGUGAUAAAAAAUAUAAAGACUCUGGAACCUUAAAAAGACAUGUGGAAAGAAAUCAUUCAGAAAAUAGAGAACGCAAUUUUACUUGUGAAAACUGUGGUAAAUGUUUUUAUUCAAAAAGUGAUGUUAAAAUACAUAUGAGAAUCCAUACAGGUGAAACACCUUAUGCAUGCUCAGAAUGCCCAAUGAAAUUCACACAGAUAAGUGCUUUGCUUCGACACAUCAAAAGGCAUACAGGAGAAAAGCCCUACAUGUGUGCAACUUGCAGUAAAGCAUUCUGUUCUAAGGAGGAACUAAAGAAUCAUCAUAAAGUUCAUUCAAACAAUAAACAAUUUUCAUGUGCGAUUUGUAAUGUCAUGUUUAAAUAUAGAAACAAUUUAAAAAAGCAUUUGAAAUUACACUCAGAACCUGACCAUUUUAUUUGCAGUUACUGUGGGCGUAAUUUUAAUUUAAAAGGCAAUUUAAAGAGUCAUAUUGAAAGGCAACAUUCAGAGAAAUCUGGGUACUGUAAUAUAUGUUCUAAGAAUGUACCAAAUAUAGAAGUUCAUACAUGGAAACACACAGGAGAGAAACCACUAAAGUGUGAACUUUGUACUAGUAGUUUUGGAGAAUCUAGAGCUUUAGCUCACCAUAUGAACUUCCGUCAUAAAAAAACAGAUAAACAUAAAUGUUUAGUAGAGGGCUGCUUGAUGGCAUUUCCAUCCAGACCCAUGCUCGACUUCCACACAGCCAAACUACAUGACACACGGAUCCCAUUUCCAUGUGACCAAUGUUCAAGAGGCUUUUAUAGAAAAAGUGAUCUUGCAAGACACAAAAUGGGCACACAUAAAGAAAGACUUGUCUCAUAAAGAUAAUAUUAAUUAGAAAAUACUCUUGUAACACUUGUGAUCUUGAAUCUGUUUCUUGCAUAAAAUUAUAAUCACACUAAAGUUGUAAGAAAAUAGUGGCUUCAGUGUAAAAAUCUACCAAUUUAUUCACAUUUUUAGUAUCAAUUCUGUUUGAUAUGAGUGUGCAUAGUUGGUAUAUGUAGAAAUAAAUUCUACAGGUGCAAAGGUUCCAAUUAGUAUUAAUUUUGAGUUGAUUAUCUUGAUUAUACCUUCAGUUGUUCCAUAUAUUAUUGAAAGGUGAAGGCCAAAUCAUUUAAAAAACUAUGUACUUACCUAAGCAUUUGUUCUUUAGAUAUACAACAGUCUAACAAAAAAUAAAUCAAAAGUAGCAAAAGGAGUUUGAAUCUAAACAUUUGGUAUCCCAUUCUUUCUGUCUACCCUAAUGGAAGACUGGUAUGACAGAUAUGUAUUUAUUAAAUAACAUCCUAAGCUAAUAUAAUUGUAGCUGAACUGUGCGACUGUAAUUCAUCUCUUAGCCAAAGAACUCUGCAUACAAGACUUAUUGACAUGGCAGUCAUUACUCUCUUAAGUACUCACUGAAUGU